AUGAGCCCACCAAGUCCGCCUAGGUCUCGUGGCUGGUCGGCAGACCAAGGAAGACUGCCGCCUCACUCAAGUUCGAGGACUACCAGCGAGAUUCAUGAAGCACCAGAUCCCACAGAUCUUCCACAGCCAGGUCUGAGGCCUCAGGUGCCUCAUGUGGAGGAUUGGCUCCGUGACGAUGAUGAGGAAGCACCAGGGGCAGACCCAUGGGCACAAUACUCGGGCUGGCGUCACUAUGAUGACUGGAAGCACUCCGGGUAUGACUAUGGGGACUCCUCCUGGAAGUGGCAGCCUGCUGAGCAUGCUGCCCCAAGCUCUACCAGUGAUGGCCUUUGGGGAAAAAGGGCCUUCGACCUCCUGCCAGACUUCGUGCAAGGAUGGUUCCUUCUCCAAGAUGCCAACUUGGAGACCAAUGAGAAGAACAUGAUUCUGGCAGCCAUCAAGAAUGACUUUUCGGUCCAAAGAGUAGCACAAGAGUUACGCAACCAGUGGUGUGAUGCCGACCUCAAGCGUCGUGACCAGUCUCAGAGAGGCUCAGCUUGGGUGAUUGAUGAACCUGAAGUAGCUGACGAAGACUGGGAUAGCCCGAACUAUGCCAACCUGGUCAACAUGGGCCUCAACGAAGAAGGUCUUGCAGCCAUGGAAGCCGCUGAGGAUGAAGCUCAGGAUGCCAUGGCGGCCAUGGAGAAGAACCGACGCACCCUUCGAGAUGCCCGAGCACGCCAGCACUUUGUCAAGAUGAGCAGGCAGUACUACAAGAGUAGUGAUCGUGUGCGACAAGGGGAACGUCGAGACCAUGACCAUCAGGGCGCCAUCAAGUGUCUGCGAUGCGGUGGCCCCCACAAGGUGGCUGUGUGUCCCAAGAAGCACCAAGACCAAGCUUCAGUGACCACGACGUCAGAGGCCGCCCCUUUUGUCUUUUUUGCUGACCAGCCUGAGCAUGAGCAGGCCUGUGUCUCCUCAGCUUACAUCACCACCCAACAGGCCAUGACCCAAGGGAAGGCAGUGCUGGAUGGUGGAGCAACCAAGACUUUGGCUUCCGUGACAGCCUUGGAGCGCAUCAUGGAACUGAAUGUGAGCAAGACUGGAGGCCAUGGAAUCCAGGAUGUCAAUGUGGACGACCGGCCAACCUUCGGCUUCGGCAACAGCUCCACGCAGAAAUGCAUCUCUACGGCAAACUUGGGCAUUGCCGCUGGUGGUCGACAAGGGGUACUGAGAGUGCACACAAUUGACAAAGGGGAAGGCCCCUUGCUGUUUUCCAUCGAUGCCCUGCGUAGCUUAGGUGCUGUCAUAGACUUUGAACAAGAUUUGGCGGUUUUCCGCCGAUUGGAUGCUCACCAAGUGAUCAAGUUGGAACGUUCCAAUACGGGACAUCAGCUGUUGCCCCUCACUGAGGAUUUGUUUGCUCAGGCAGUGAAGUCUGAGCGGCCGGUGCCAAGUUUGAAGGAAUACCUGAGGAUUUCGAUCAUGCCUCGACCAACCAAGGCAGAACUGAUCCUGGCCAUGGCGGAGUUGGGCGAGGUGCCUCCAAAAGUGUGGUCACAAGUGGAGAUUGCAGCCCGCCUCGACGAGCUGCGGGCGGAACGUGGCCUGCCGCCACUCAGUGCUCCCAGCCGCAAGGAGAAGACGCCUCGCCGCAAGAUGGUAAUUGCCCUUAACCAAGCUGCCAAGCGCAAGGCCGACCUGCAGGUCUUUGCCACCCAGAGCUUGGGGUUGUCCCAGAUCUCCAACGACACCAUUCCCUUGCUGCAGGAAAAGUGCCUGCUCAAGAUCUACCAGGACACGCCUGCCUCAGGCGAGGACCCAGUAGGGUUCGGUCGCCACUCGAGCCUGACGUAUCAAGAGAUUCAGGUCCACCAUCCGGACUAUGCACAAUGGGUUCUUCAGACCAGCGAGGACGAGUGCGAUCCUCGCCUGAGCCGCCUCGCCGGCUGGCUGCAGAGCCAAAGCCAAGUCAAGGUGGAGGUGAAGACCGAGGGGAUGCCAGAGCCCAUUCCUCAGUCUCUGUUGAUCGAGAAGGGAUACCUGAAGCCAGGGAUGAUCAAGACGAAGACCGAGGGAUCUCAGAAAUACUCCACCUCCGACAGUGUGUCCAGCUCUCAGCUGGAGCGAACGAAUAUGAUGAUCGAACAGCUUGCCAGCAUGAUGGGCGAGAUGAAGGAGGAGCUCUCGGAGAUGAAGCAAGAGCGCCCCCGGAAGGAAGUGAAGGGCAGUGCCUCCACGGCGAACGGCUCUUUCAGCAUGAUCGAGAAGUGUGACUUGGUCUAUAUCUGGAGACGCCAAGUUCCACUGAAAGAGGCAAAGAACAAACAUGGCACUGGCCGGUUCAUUGGCCCGGCUCGGAUCUUGGCCACAGAAAGAGAGCGAGAUGCAGAUGGAGCACUGAAAACAGGAAGCUCCAUUUGGCUGGUGAGAGGACGAAGAUUGCUGAAAUGUUGUGUGGAGCAAUUGAGACAUGCUUCCCAGCGGGAACACAUUCUACAAGAACUGUAUGAUGCAGAACCCCAACCAUGGGAUUUUCCCAGGGUAGCCAAAGAGCUUGGGGGCAAUGACUACGACGAUCUCACCGAAGAACCACCCACUCCGGAAGAGCUUCGGAGGGCGGCAGAUCCAGAUCAAGAAGUACAGCCAAGCAAGAGACUGCGACAGAAAUCAAGACCACCACCUGGGCAGGAAGUGACUCCAGCCCAAGCAACACCAGAUCUCGCCACAGGUAGCAGUAGCAGCUCACGACCAGGCCGUAGCCGGAGUAGAGUGGGGCGGUCUGGCCCCAGCUCACAGGCCAGUUUUGUGGAGGGAGCUCACUGGACAGAAUUGGUACAUGACACUUUUCCUGCAGAACCGGAGGUCUCAGGUUUUUGGACUGAGCCAACUGCAGCUGUGAGUGUCUCCAUUGACAUGCCGACCACCAGGUCACAAACUGAAAAGAUCCUGAAGGACCUUCCAACUUAUUUUAACAAUACUCUGAAGAAACGUGCUGCAGUGGAAGUGAGUGAGAAGUAUCUGACACCAGCAGAACAAGAGGAGUUUCGAAACGCAAAAGGCAUUGAGGUGUCCAACUUCCUGGCGGCAAAGGCAUUUGAAGCCUUACCGAGUCACUUGAAGGUGGAUCGGACAAGAGCUGUUCGUAUGAGGUGGAUACUGACUUGGAAACAAAAGGAAGACGGCACGAGAAAAGCAAAGGCAAGAGCCGUCUUACUAGGAUACAUGGACCCGCUGUACGAACAUCGGUCAACAGCUUCUCCAACCACAACACGGCAGACCAGACAGAUGCAACUGGCCAUAGCAGCAGCAUUGGGUUUCACGACUGAAAAAGGAGAUGUCACAGGAGCAUUUCUUCAAUCACGGCCGUAUCCAGCUGAACUCACUUGCGUGCCGUGUGAAGAGAUUUGUGUCGCCAUGGGCCUGGAGCCAAAUUCAGUAGUUCGGGUCAAAAAGGCCUGCUAUGGUUUGGUAGAUGCACCUUUAGAAUGGUACAGGUCCAUUUGUGAUUUCUUUCAAAAACUGGGACUCCGACGUUUGUGGAGUGACCCUUGUGGCUUGAGUUGGGUAGCACAGCAAACAGCACCGCAUUUGGCGGCUGAAGUAGGUUUGCUGCUCUCUGAAGUAAACCACAGUAGUGUAGACACCAUCAACCGUGCGAAUCGUUUGUUGGACCAAGCAAAGGGCAUGAAAGACCACAAAGUCCGAAUCCAUAAGAUUCCACUGGACAAAAUGAUGGUGUGCGCCUGGUGUGACGCUGCAGCACACAACAGGCCAGGGAACAAAGAGAGAUGA